GAUUACACAGGAUUUGUCUAGUAAGAUGGGAUAGCGAUUUGAUGUGACGAAAACUAAUCUAUCCAGUAUCCAAAUAUUCCAGACUCAGUGAACAGGUUACCACGAGGCGGAGUCCAUUAUGUGACGGGCAUUUCAACAGUCAAGCCCAAUGAAAUGGGCUUCUCAGUUCUCAGAAAAGAGAACGACCUGCAAAUCUUCCCCAGUCCAGCCACUUCUACUUAGUUUCCAUACACCAAUCAUUUCUCCGCCGCCGAGACUGCUCAACAUUUCUCUCCCGACGAAGUAGACGGGCAGAAUUGCACUCCUUAGUUUCUGUAUCGUCUAAUCGUUCAUCCGUAAGUUAUCAAUUGAUUUAUGAUUCUAUUCAUGUUUCUACGGACAAUGAAUCGCCUUCCUCAAUUUGUUGAGUUUUGGGUUUUGGUGGAAUUUUGGGUAAAUUCCCUCACCUAGUCACAUUUUUGUCAAUGUUCAUUUUAGUGACCUGAUUUUCUAGUUAUUUGGAAAUGUGCAAUUACAGUAACCCUUUGUUGGUCUGAAUUUAGUGACGCUCUGGUAUUUGCUGGACAGUCGCAGUGAGCUAAAUUCGUCAUGGCAUUCUCGUAUUCAUGUGGAUUUCAGACCCCAAAAAUCUCUUUUAAAUGCAAUCCCCUUGUUUACUGUGGUCGAAGGUUCAACAGCGGUCCUGUUUAUGCUUGCAUUAAGAACAUGGAUCAAGAACCUAAGUUUAAGUUACUUCUAGAUAGUGUCAAGUGGGAUGAAAAAGGGUUGGCUGUUGCAAUUGCUCAAGAUGUUGACACAGGGGCUGUCUUAAUGCAAGGCUUUGCCAAUAAGGAUGCAUUGCUAAAAACCAUAUCUUCACGGAAAGCAACAUUCUUCAGCCGGUCAAGAUCAACCCUGUGGACAAAGGGGGAGACCUCUUCAAAUUUCAUUAAUGUAUGUGAUGUUUAUCUAGACUGCGAUAGGGAUUCGCUUAUAUAUUUAGGAACGCCAGAUGGGCCAACUUGCCACACUGGAGAAGAGACAUGCUACUUUGUGUCUGCAGAUGAUGUACUGAAUAGUUCAGAGACUGAAGAAAAGAAGAAAGUAUUGACCACUUUAUACGCACUGGAAUCUACUAUCUACGGGAGAAAGGAGGAAAAAGCAUCACCAAAUGGAAAACCAUCUUGGACCAAGCGCUUAUUGCUUGAUGACAACCUGCUGUGUUCAAAAAUCCGGGAGGAGGCUGAUGAAUUGUGUCGAACCCUCGAGGAGAAUGAGGAUACUGCACGGACAGCCUCGGAGAUGGCUGAUGUGAUGUACCACGCUUUAGUUUUGCUGGCCAAGAGGGGAGUGAAGGUGAAAGAUGUAAUGGAAGUCUUGAGGCAUAGAUUCCGACAAUCGGGCAUUGAAGAAAAGCAAAGCCGGCAAGGAUAGGGGUUAUGUCGAGUGGCAUUAUUAUGAAUCUAGCAAAUAGUCGAAAGAAUGGUCUUCGAACACCCUGUACUCUUUAAAAAUUUGAUGUGAUGAAAUUCAAAUGCGAAGUUGUUAGAAUUUGACAUUAGAAAUUUUGUAACAUUGUGGAGUGGAGUUAUGUAAUGCCCAAACUUAUGUGAAAAUCUAGCGACUGUAGAUGGCUUUUCUGUGCUUUUCAUGCUGUGUUGGUACUCACACUGAAGAGACGUUUGAGUUGGUUGAUAGUGACUUCCAGAGUAUAACCUUUCAAACAGGGCCCAUCCAUUACAAUUGGCGAAAACCUUUUAUUUCACUACGUUCCUAAUAAAGAAAAAGGGAAUUUUGUUAUACCACCUCCGUCAUACAAAAAUAGUCCGCAUUGAAUUUUUAAAUUUGUACUAAAAAUAGUAUUAGACUCUAAACUUAAUGUACACUAUUU